AUGGUUGCCAUCUCUCAAAUCAUCAACAACGGCUUACUUCUCACCUCCCAGCUGGUGUUCCAGGACGUAGCCACGCCUCACCAGGCGUCGACAGAGCAGUACAACUUGGUCAAGUACUUGGGGGGCGCCGGGCCAUACAUCCAGCAUCCGGGGUUCGGGAUUCUGACCGACAUUCCCGACCAGUGCAAGUUGGAGCAGAUCCACUUGUUGCUGAGACACGGUGAGAGGUACCCUUCCAAGAACAAAGGGAAGGAGUUUGAGGAGCUCUAUCAAAAGUUCCAAAAUUAUGGCAAGCCUUUUGUGGGGGAAUUGGCCUUUCUCAACAACUACGAGUACUUUGUCACCGACAAGAACUACUACGAGAAGGAGACGACUCCAUUCAACUCAGAGGGGCCAUACGCUGGUACUACUGAUGCAUUGAGCCACGGUGCAGCGUUUAGACUGAAAUAUUCAGACGUGUUUGACUCCGAGGACAAGUUGACCGUGUUCACGUCCAACUCAGGCAGAUGCCAUGUCACUGCUCGCUACUUUGCCAGAGGAUUCUUGGGAGAUGACUUCAACGAUGAGAAGGUGGACUUUGCUGUGAUUGCCGAGGAAGACAAGUUUGGCGCCAAUUCGUUGACUCCUGUCGUUUCGUGCAAGAACUAUCACUCUGGCGCCAACAACGAGUUUGUCAAGCAGUUCGACACUUCGUACUUGAGCGCGGCCGCUGCUAGAAUCACCAAAGGCAACGACGGCUUUUCUUUGAGCGAGAAGGAAGUGGACCGCCUUAUUGCGUGGUGUGCUUACGAGAUCAACGCCAAGGGCUACUCUCCCUUCUGCAACUUGUUCACCAACGAUGAGCUCGUCAGAAACUCGUAUGCGCUGGACUUGAGCUACUACUACAGCAACGGCCCAGGCAACAACCUCACGGCAACUAUUGGCGCUCCUUUCUUGAAGGCCACGUUGGACUACUUGAAGGAAGAGAACCCUCCACAAAAAGUUGUUUUGGCAUUCACUCACGAUACCAACAUUGAGCAGUUUCACUCUGCCCUCGGUAUUGUGGCUCCAGACCAGCCUUUGCCGAACGACUACAUCCCUUUCCCCGUACCUUAUGCCCACACCCAGAUCGUGCCCAUGGGAGCUAGAUUGUACACAGAGAAGUAUAAGUGUGGCAACGACAGCUACGUGAGGUACGUGGUUAACGACGCUGUGGUGCCCAUCAAGCACUGCCAGAACGGGCCAGGUUUCUCGUGCAAGCUUUCUGAUUACGAGAAUUAUAUCAAUUCUAGAUUGGAGGGCAAAGACUAUGCGACCCAGUGUGGCGCCCAAAACGUUCCUGACAAGGUGACUUUCUUGUGGGACUAUAACCAGACCAACUACUCUGCUCCAGACAUCGACUCGUGA